AUGUCAACGGGCAUACCAAGCCUCAGUAGCGGAACUAUGGAGAGCGCUGCGCCGUUGCCGCCUGCGUCUGCGGACCACGAAGUGAUCGUCAUUAGCGACGAUGAGGGCGAAAGCUCGAGCGAGGACGCGCCGUGGAUUCCGCUGCUGCCGUGGCCCGACGUGGCCGAGAAGCUCCUGCUGCUGGCCAAGCACCGCGAGCUGCGAGUGGACCAGCAAGCAGUCGCAGCGUUGCUGCAAGAUGCUGGUCUUCCGGCGUCCGCCGACGUCAACCGCGCUCUUCGCCUCGCGUGCGAAAAACUGGUCGACCUCCUGGCGUUCUCCAGAGGCCAUGACCGACGGUACCAAGCGAACAAAGACUUGGUCUGGGUGCUCUGCGAGGUGCUGAGCUUAGUACGGAGACGGUCGAGCAGACAGCGAGCGACUGAGCAGGUGAAGAUGGAGCCGGGCGUGCGUGGGCAGCAGGCUGUGCUGCGUGAGCUGCGCCAGAUGAUGGAGAAGUGGCGGCUGAUGGUCGAGGAGUGUUCGAGGACGAACAUCGGCAGGGAGCGUGCACUAAAUGAUACGAUUGCACACUUGGAGAUAAUAAUUGAAGCGUGCAGUGAAGAGGUCGGGCAGCUCCAGGAAGACAAGCAAGAGUACGAAUUCGUAAUGGAUACUGCGGCGGAGGAGUGGGCUAAAGUUAUGGAGUGCUGCCGCAGCAGAUUAGAACCUGAAUGCAUUGAGGAGACCGAGCGCACGUGGAGGAUUUUCGACGAAACCUUCCGUUUGACUGCUGAUGUUCAGAAGCACUUUGAGGGAAGCAAGCGCUCCCGAAACGCGCUAGUGCGUCAAGCACAGGAAGCGGACCUGCGCCGUGUGUUCUUCCGAGCCGCGCAGACUCUCACUUUUACAAUUGCCCAAUUAAUGGAUUGCCGUGCACAAGAGCAGCAGCAGCAGAUGACGAGGACGCCUGAAGAGCUGUUAAAUUCUCUUGGAAGCGACAUGCUCAUCUACCUGAAUACUUUCUGUGAGGGUCUCCGGACUGUCUGCGGAAAUGUAUUUGAAGAGAGAAGAGGAAUUGCUGCAGCGAGCCCUGAAGACGAGCAUCAACGCGAGUUGCUGAGUUUCAGCAAGAACUUUGAAGCGUUUUGGCUGGUCCAUCGCAACUGGCUACCACCAGCGGUGCUUGACAUGACUAUCAAACGUUUCGAGACUGUGACCGAAGACAAUGGACGACCAGGAUGUCCUGUUACCGCCGCUGUUGCUCGUGUGUGCGCAAAUCUGCGCUCAGGCUUGUCGCUGCAGUAA